CGCGAAGCGCGAAGGCAAGCGGCUCAAAAUCCCGCCGGUCGCCCUGCCGUGAGGACCGUCACGACCGCGGCCAGUGCAGUGCGCGCGCGGUGGCCGCGCUUCGACUCGAUACGACCGCCGGUCGCAGUCGCGUUCGAUACCUCGACCCGCAAGGCCGCAACCCUCGACCGGCAGAGGCACCGCCUGGCCGGGCGGCGAGCACGACGCACUCCAAGAGCAGCGGCCGCAUCGUCAGCAGCAUGAUCCCGCCGAGGUUGGCCGCCGUUGCGACGCUGCUGUGGCUGGCGGCGUCCUGCUCGGCCACCCUGCUGCCCGGCCUGGGGGCCCUGGGGGCGCAGGGCCGCCGCGGCAUGGAGGUGGUGGCCGAGUGGCGCACCGUGGACUUCGUGUACCCGAGCAGGGUGGUGCGGGAGUCGGCCAUCCUCACGGGCGAGUUCGUGCCCAAGAACGUGGUCGUCCUGGACGUCGACGCUUACGGAGAAGGCAAGCACCAGCGCAUCUUCGUGACCACGCCGCGGUUGAAGCCCGGCGUGCCCGCCACGCUGUCUGAGCUGUCCAUCGAGGAGUCCAUCGUGUCGCCCAAGCUGCGGCCCUUCCCCAGCUGGGCCUGGAACGAGCAGGGCGACUGCGACAACCUCAUCUCCGUCUUCAGGACCUCGGUGGACCAGUGCGGCAGGCUGUGGGUGCUGGACUCGGGCACGGUGAACGUGUUCGCGGGCGCGGACCGCGUGUGCCCGCCCAAGCUGGUGGUGUUCGACCUGCGCGGCCGGGACGGCGCCGAGGUGGUGGCGCGGUACACGUUCCCCAAGGAGCAGCGCGAGCCCACCACCCUCACCAUCACCGUGGCCGUGGACGUGCGCGGCCCGGACAGCUGCAGGGACGCCUUCGCCUACGUGGCCGACGUCACCGAGCCCGCCAUCCUGGUGUACGACAUGCGCAGGAAUCGGUCGUGGCGCGUCCUGAGCAACCUGCUGUACCCGUACCCGCUGCACGGCAGCUUCAAGAUCAACGGCGCCGAGUUCGACCUGAUGGACGGCGUGUUCGGCAUGGCCGUGGGCCCCGUCAUGCCGGACGGCGACCGCCGCCUCUUCUUCCACAGCCUGGCCAGCGUGCGCGAGUCCUGGGUGUCGACCCGCGUGCUGCGCAACCAGUCCAACUUCGCCGACGAGCCCAUCCCCGCCGUGUCCAGGCUGUUCCACGUGUCGGAGCCGCGGAGGACGUCGCAGGCAGGCGCAGAGGGCGUGGACGCGAACGGCGUGCUGUUCUUCGGGCUGCUGUCCGAGAACGCCCUGGCGUGCUGGAACACGCGCCUGCCCUACGUGUCGCCCAACCUGCACAUCGUGGCGAAGGACGACAAGACGAUGCAGUUCGCCAGCGGCCUCAAGGUGAUCGGCAGGCACGUGUGGAUGCUGAGCUCGCGCUUCCAGAACGUGAUGGUGGGCCGCGAGCGCCCCGACGAGGUCAACUACCGCGUGCUGGUGGCGCCCAUCGCGGACCUGGUGGCGGGCACGUCCUGCGCCGUGCCGGGCGGCCCGCUGGACAACCUGGUGGAGGUGGACACGGGCGGCCCGCUGUUCCGGCCGCCCUCCGCGGCGUACGGCGGCCUCUCGCCGUCCGGCUUCGGCAGCUCGUCGUCGAUGUACUUCGGGUCGACGCAGCCCUCGUAUGGGCCGUCCGGGCUGCACGACGCCCUGCACAGCCACCACGGCUACGGCUUCUCCCAGUACACGCCACACCCCCGGCCCGGCGCCAACACCCAGCAGCCGUCCUCGUACCACCAGCAGCACCACGGCUCCGGCUCGGGGCCCUCGGCGUCGGGGCCCUCUGGCUCGGGGUUUUCCGGCACGGGCCCCGGGGACUCGAUCGUGUUUCGGGACCCAGUGGACCGUUUCUAAAGGCCACGGCCACCGCCACGGCCUCGUCGACGUGGAGGUGCGCAGGGUGUGCGCGGCCGUUGACGUCGACCCCGGCCUCGGCCUCGACGCGGACCUAGACUGGGAGGCUCGGUACCGCGCGGAGAUGCACGCCGUGCUCAGCCUGUGGAGCGCCGCGCACUGGGGGCGUCCGGGCUGGGCGGACGACGGGGAGCCCGAGGACGACGACGACGACGACUAGGGUGUAGUACAGUGUAGUACAAAGCACGCGCCGCCUUUGCUGUAUUUAUUUUGUUGUUAGCGUACGAGAAGCGCCACACGGUGGCGGGAAUGAAAGACUGCGUCCAACAACGAAUGAUUCCUACCUCGACACAGCCAUAGUGUCAUUCAUUAGCAUCGCUUAUUUAUUUUUGUAGUAAUUUUCGUUAGGUAUAGUUAUUACAGAAGCUUUGUGAUCUGAGUGCGUGUGAGAGUGUGAUAGUUAUGGUUGUAGCUUUAAGUCAGACGAGUAUCAGUUGCCAUGGAACUACUGUAGUUAAACUGGAAGUGCUCUGGAACCACAGUUUGCAGUGCAGUGUUAUUUUUCAGGCACGCGUGUUUUUAUUCUUCCUGACAUUGCCUCAGUUUUAUUCUGUUAGAGAGUUUGCACAGGGUACAUAACUAAUUUGCUUUCCAACGGGUAUUAAAUAAACGUAAUUUUAAAAAUCUAAUGAGUCAUAGUACACCGCAAUUUUUAGAGCGUCCACCGUGAAGUACUGGUUGCAUUAUUGCAACAGUAGUACUUCUGUUUUUUUUUCUGAUUCUCAUUCAGCACAAACGUGGGAUGGGAACGAGACAUGUGAAGGGUCAUAACAUCUACUACUCUUGUUGUGUUGCUGUAUGUCGCGAUCGCAAAAACUCCGCUUGGUUUAAAAAGAUGAAAAAUGCUGUUGUUUCCAUUGUGAUAGCGUCCUUUACCACUGUCAAUAAAUUGCGCUGAGAAGGA